AUGGUCCACCGCGCCAUGUCCUUCACCCCGCAAACCCUCCUCUCGGCGCCCCGCCGCAGCGCCGGCGUCCCCAACGCCCUCGGCACCAAAGUGCUCUACACGACCUCGACGUACAGUUUCGAGUCGCACAGCCAGUCGACGGAGCUGCGCCUUUUGGAUGUCUUGACUGGCCAAGCGGAGCUUUUGGCGGAGGACGAGGAAGUGAGCGGAUUGAACUGGUUGGAUGAAAUUGGGAGUGAGUUUGCGUUCUUGGGAGAGGGCGGGAAGGAGUUGGUUGUGGGGGAUGUGCGGGGUGGGAAGGUCGUUGCGGGGAAGUUUGAAGGGCCGGUGGGGGAUUUGAAGGUGAGGAAGAUUGCUGCGGGAAAGUGGGCGGUUGUGGUUAGUGGGGAGGUUGAUUCGAAGACUGAGGGCGUGUUUGAUCCGGAGAGGAAGAAGAAGACGAGGAGUUCGGGGAAGUUGUAUAAGGGGUUGUUUGUGAGGCAUUGGGAUCGUUGGGAGAGUGCUGAGAGGAAGACGCUUUGGUAUGGGGUUUUGACGAAGGAGAGGAGUGGGAAGUUCAAGUUGAGUGCGUUGAGGAAUGCGCUGAAAGGGUGGAAGGGGCUGGAGACUCCGGUUCGGCCUUUCGGGGGCACGGACUCCUUCGAUCUCAGCACGGAUGUCGAUGGGAACGGAGGGAGGAUUGUCUUCGUAUCCAAGGAUCCUGUGGCGAAUCCGGCGUUGAACACGAAGUGCAAUACUUAUGUUGUGGAGUUGGAGGCUUGGGAUGAGGAGGUCAAGGGGUUGUUUGAGAUCAGUGUGCCUGGGUAUGAGGGCGCGGCGACGAGUCCUGCGUUCAGUCCCGAUGGGAAGUCGCUGGUGUUCUUGAAGAUGAAGACAAAUGGAUAUGAGGCUGAUCGGAACGAUAUAUUCGUUUUGAAUCUGGGCGAUGAAUCGACAACUCGGGAAGCGACACCGAUAUCUGCUAAGACGGCUGGCAAUGACGAGAACCUCGCACGCAGUCCCUCUUCCGUCGUCUUCGCCAGCGACAACGAAACACUCCUCUUCACCGCCGAGGACUUGGCCACAUCGAAACUCUUCAGCCUCAAAAGAAACGGACUCGCCUGGAUCGUCUGGCCUCUGACCAAAAACGGCUCCAUCAGCGACGUUGUCCCCCUCUCGACAGGUCAGAUCUUCGUCUCCGGCAGCUCCCUCAUCGACCCAUCUUUCUACUCCCUCAUCGUUCCGCAAACUACACCCACCACCAACACCGACGCCCUCACAACCUGGACAUCCUCCCUCUCCAACCACGGCAAAAAAUUCAACCUCUCCCCCUCUCAAAUCGCCUCCAUCUGGACCCCCGCCUCCAACCCCAAAAUCACCAAACUAAUCCACUCCCUCGUCAUCUACCCCUCCACCUUCCACCCCUCCAAAACCUACCCGGUCGCCUACCUAAUCCACGGUGGGCCACAAUCCGCCUGGAAUGACUCCUGGUCGACGCGCUGGAACCCGGCCAUCUUCGCCGAGCAAGGCUACAUCGUCGUCGCGCCGAAUCCCACAGGCAGCACGGGCUACGGCCAGGCCUUCACAGACGCGAUCCGGAACAACUGGGGUGGGGAUCCCUAUCAGGAUAUCGUGAAUGUGGUGGAGUGGGUGGGCAAAGAGGGGAAUUUGAAGGGCGCGGAUAAUGAGCGCGCCGUGGCGUUGGGCGCGAGUUAUGGCGGGUAUAUGAUUAAUUGGAUCCAAGGCCACCCCCUCGGCCGCGCAUUCCGCUCCCUCGUCUGCCACGACGGCAUCACCUCCUUCCCCGGCGGCAUGCUCUCGACGGAAGAAUUCUACUUCCCCUUCCACGACCUCGGCGGAACUCCCUGGUACCACCCAGAAACCACCACCACCACCCCAUCAACAAACAACAAAACCGUCUCCAACCCUCAUCCCUCGACAAGCAUCUCCGCCUGGCAAAAAUACGACCCCUCCCACCACUUCACCCACUGGUCCACGCCCCAGUUAGUAAUCCACUCCUCCAAAGACUACCGCCUGCCCAUCUCCGAGGGUCUCGCGGCUUUCAACGUCCUCCAAGCGCGGGGCGUGCACAGUCAGUUCCUCACCUUCCCCGAUGAGAAUCAUUGGGUGUUGAAGGUGGAGAAUUCGUUGUUGUGGCAUCGCGUGGUGCUGAAUUGGAUUAAUCGGAGUGUGGGGUUGGAAGCGUUUAGUGAGGGGGAGGAAGAGUUGGGGGAGGAGUUUUUUGGGGGGGUUGUUGAUGAUGAAGAGGAGGAUGGGGAGGAAGGAAAGGGGGAGAAUCGGUUGAAUGAUGGGUGA